CGCUGCGUAGUGCCCCGGAAGCGGAAGUAGCCGCCCCUGGGUGCUCCGGGAAGCGGAACCUGAGCUCGGUGCUGCUGGGAGCGGACGCGCCGCCGCCGCAGGAUGAACGCGCCGCCGGCCUUCGAGUCCUUCCUGCUCUUCGAGGGGGAGAAGAAGAUCACAAUUAAUAAGGAUACAAAAGUACCAAAUGCCUGUUUGUUUACAAUCAACAAGGAAGACCACACACUUGGAAAUAUUAUUAAAUCGCAAUUACUGAAAGACCCUCAAGUGUUGUUUGCAGGAUACAAGGUCCCACAUCCUCUGGAACAUAAAAUCAUCAUUCGAGUUCAGACCACUCCUGAUUACAGUCCCCAGGAAGCUUUCACCAAUGCUAUCACGGACCUGAUCAGUGAACUCUCCCUUCUGGAGGAGAGAUUCAGGGUUGCUAUCAAAGAUAAACAAGAAGGAAUUGAAUAGAAACAUGAAGCUUAGAGUGAACAAUCCAGGUCAAAAAAGAGAGUCAUGUUUGUUUUCAUGAUAGUGGAUGUGACUACUUCAUUGAACAAGUUCUUUAAGGAUUAUUUAAAACUUUCAGUAAGAAUUAAUGUCUCUAAUAACAGUAGCCCUAAAUUCACUAAUUUUUAGUUAGUUUGCCCACAGAAACCAGUACUGUGAGUUCUGUACAGGAUAUAUUAUUUGCAGAUAGGAUGGUAAGUGUAUGAUUAGUCUUGUAUUAUUUGAGCUAUAAAGCUGUGUGACUUCCACAAUGAGUGUAGAGCCUUUGAUUACUGUUAUAAAAAGAGGUAAGAUUUAACAGCUGGGUAGUCUCCAGGUUAUUUUGUCUUGUGUAGCGUGGAGCAUGUUAAAGUGACCAUGUAGUAUUGGGCUUGGAAACUGUACUUCCAGAACAUGAUUAACUGCUGAGCAAUGCCCCUCCUAGAUCUAUGGCUGCAUUCCCUCCCCAUAAGUCAUCUCUUCACUCCCAAGUUACCAGGUAUUACAUUUUAUUAAGUAUCAUAUUUCUAUAAAACAAAUACACAAAUUGUGAAAACUCA